AUGGCGGAAUUCGUGCGGGCCCAGAUCUUUGGGACGACCUUCGAGAUCACUAGCAGGUAUACGGACCUGCAGCCGGUGGGCAUGGGAGCUUUCGGUCUCGUCUGUUCAGCCAGAGACCAAUUGACCCAGCAGCCCGUGGCCGUCAAGAAGAUCAUGAAGCCGUUCAGCACACCGGUUCUUUCGAAGCGGACAUAUCGAGAACUCAAACUAUUGAAACAUCUGCGACAUGAAAAUGUCAGUCGUGCAAUCUCCGCGCAAACGGUGGCCUGUUAUCAGCUUGAGCGAUAUCUUCAUCUCCCCUCUCGAGGACAUGUAAGUUUCCCCGAUCGGUUCCUGCCCUGGGUGUGUUUGAAUCCCCGAUUGACGGAUGAUAGUUACUUCGUUACGGAGCUCCUGGGCACCGACCUUCAUAGACUUCUCACAUCGAGACCGCUCGAGAAACAGUUUAUCCAGUACUUCCUGUACCAGAUCCUGCGAGGUUUGAAAUACGUCCAUUCCGCCGGUGUGGUGCACCGUGACCUCAAACCCAGCAACAUCCUCAUCAACGAGAACUGUGAUCUCAAGAUCUGCGAUUUUGGUCUGGCGCGGAUCCAAGAUCCGCAGAUGACCGGCUACGUUUCCACGCGAUACUACCGUGCCCCGGAGAUCAUGCUCACGUGGCAGAAGUACGACGUCGAAGUCGACAUCUGGAGUGCGGGCUGCAUCUUCGCAGAGAUGCUCGAUGGCAAGCCCCUCUUCCCCGGAAAGGACCAUGUCAACCAGUUCUCCAUCAUCACCGAGCUUCUCGGUACCCCACCUGACGAUGUGAUCAAGACGAUCUGCAGUGAGAAUACUCUGCGAUUCGUCCAGUCCCUGCCCAAGCGGGAACGACAGCCGCUGGCCAACAAGUUCAAGAACGCUGACCCAUCAGCCGUCGACCUCCUGGAGAGGAUGCUGGUCUUCGACCCCAAGAAGCGAGUGAGCGCGACGGAUGCUCUUGCACACGAAUAUCUAGCCCCCUACCACGAUCCUACCGACGAGCCUGUCGCCGAAGAGAAAUUCGACUGGUCUUUCAACGAUGCUGAUCUGCCAGUUGACACAUGGAAGAUCAUGAUGUACUCGGAGAUCCUCGACUACCACAACAUUGACCAGACCGGCCUCGACGCAGGCCAAGUUCCACCCGAACCUGUGGACCCCACCGCCCCAGUGGUAUAGCUUGCGAAUGGGAUUUCUGCAGAUACGGUGGGUUGAAGGCAGUUGUUGGUGUUGAUGGAUAACGAUUCCCGUUGUAUACACGGGAUCCUGCUUCUCUUGUCCAUGUAGCGUCUAACAUCUACAGUGGGCACGGGGACUUUUGACGAGUUCUUUCCCGCCUCCACAUGUUGGUCUUCGGUGGUCGCUUCAUUUUUUACGGCGUGUUCAGACUCAGGCGGCGAUGCGGGUUAUCUACUUCUCAGAUCCUUCAACGUCGAUACACGUACACGGUAUAUGGAUCUCCUUCGUUUCUUUUUUUGGUCGCGGAAAAGCGGGAUGAAUAGGAUCAAGCUUCGUCGGAAUCUACAGUUUACGUGGCACGUUUCGAAUUUCAAGACUGAUGCAGUAGACGAUGUUAGAGCAGAAGAGAG